AUGUACAUGCAUCAGUGCAUCACCAUUCACCACAUACAAUCCAAAACCGCUUACAAAUGCAACAUUAAUGUUAAUACUUAAUAAUACACGUUAAUUAGUGGUCAGAAUAAUUGUACUAGUCGUUUGUUCUCUUAUUAUCCGGGGAAAAAAAUGACGGGGUCUCGGUGGUCGACUAAGGUGGUGCAAGUGCUAUUAAUACUAGCGGCGGUGGCCGUGGUGGCGGUGAGAUGCAACUCCACGUUAGUAAAGGCGGCGACGGGCAAUAUGAAGAAAUCAGAUCACGGUGAAGCAACGAAGAAGAGUUGGGCUCAGGUUGGCGAGGUGGUCACUGAGGAAUGGGCCAAGGAGACCAUUCAAGGUGGCAUGGGGUUGAAGGACGCAUUUCGUUGUGCUGGUGAUGCAGUAGAUUAUACAGCCAAAACUGCGAAGGAAGCAAAAUCAGAGGCAUGCGAAACAGCUAAUAAAGUUUCUAACAACGUGAAAGAGAAGACAAAUGUAGUUGCUGAUGAAGUAGUCAACGAGGCCUUACAUGUUAAGGAUGCCUUUGUUAAGAAGCCCCAAGAAGCAAAAACGGAGAAAGGAUAUGGAAGCUUCAAAGAAAGGAGUGAUGUUGCCAAGAAGAAGGCGAGUGAGAGUUUGUGUACGGCAAUGGAGAAGGUCCGGGGGAUGCUGUCUUGGCGGCAUCACGAUGCGGAGCUAUAAUGGUGUAUAAUGGUGUAAAUUUCAUAUGCGUGCGCAUUGGCGGACUUGGCCUUAUGCCUGGUGGGUCAAAUGACUCACCAGGGCCCAAAAUAUUUUUUAAGUUUUUUAAAAAAAAA